AUGCAGGUCUCCAUCAUGACCCUCCUCACCAUGGCCGCUGCCGGCGAGGCCACCUUCCUCGGUCUCGGCGGUCUCUUUGGUCUCGGCGGCUCGGCCAGCCUCGGCGGCGGCGCCUACGGCUCCCAGGCCGUGAGCACCACCGGCCUCGGCAGCUGUCAAGCCGGCUGCGUCUCCGCCGCCAUGCCCCAGCUCAGCAGCGGCUACGCCGUGGGCCAGACUUCGGUCUCGGCUUUCUGCUCCCAGCCCAACCUGCAGUCGUGGUUCAACGUCCACGUCAGCCCCUGCUCGACCGCCUGCGCCCAGUCCCAGCCCGCCUCGUCCCAGCCUAGCCGCGUCUACCGCCGCACCUUGGGCCUGUUGGGUUUCGGUGCCGGUGCUGGUGCUGGAUUUGGUGCCGGUGUGGGUGCUGGAGCUGGAGCUGGCGCCGGUGGCUAUGGCGGUGCCGGAGCCGGAGCCGGCCUCGGUGCCGGAGUCAAGGCCGGCUUUGGUGCCGGUGUGGGUGCUGGUCUUGGUGCUGGCGCCGGUCUCGGAGCCGGUGCCGGCCUGGGUGCUGGUGUCAAGGCUGGCUUUGGGGCCGGCGUUGGUGCCGGUCUUGAUGCUGGCGCCGGUGCCGGUGCCGGUCUGGGUGCCGGUGUGGGUGCCGGCUUCGGGCUGGAUGUGGGUGCGGGUCUUGGUGGUGGCCUCGGUGGUGGCCUCGGUGGUGGCCUUGGUGGUGGUGCCGGUCUGGGCGCCGGUGUGGGUUUCAACGUGGGCCUCGGCUGGCUUCAGCAGACCUGCCCGGGUGGAAACUACUCUCCGGCCCCGAGCACUCAGGACCAGGGCUACGGCAACAACCCCAGCCCUGCCGGCAACAACCCCAGCCCUGCCGGCAACAACCCCGGCCCUUCCGGCAACAACCCCAGCCCUGCCGGCAGCAACCCCAGCCCUGCCGGCAACAACCCCGGCCCUUCCGGCAACAGCCCCAGCCCUAACGGCAACAACCCCAGCCCUAACGGCAACAACCCGGGCCCUGCCGGCAACAACCCCGCCCCUACCGGCAACAACCAGCCUUCCUCCUCCUCCGCCCCUGUGCCGGACUCUUGCGGAGGCGCAGUUCCCGUCUCUUCGGCGGUUGAGCCUGCCUCCGCCACGCCGACUCCCACCCAGAACGACUCGGCUUCCUCUGUUCUCCCGGCCACUGGCUCGCCCACCCCCACUCAGGACGACUCCACUUACUACUAA